AUGGCUCUAUGUGAGAUGAGGCUCAUCUGGGGAGCGUUUUGCCUUGUGGUGGAAUUGUCGUUGGCACAGGAGACUUACGCACCCCACUCCAUACGGACAGACGGGCAUCUGACGCUCGGCGGGCUCUUCCCUGUGCAUGCGAGGGGGUCCGAUGGCAUCUCGUGUGGGGACUUAAAGAAAGAGAACGGGAUCCAGCGUCUCGAGGCGAUGAUGUACGCCUUGGACCAGAUAAACCAGGACGAUCAGCUCUUACCCAACAUCACCCUUGGCGCGCGGGUUCUGGACACUUGCUCCCGGGAUACGUACGCGUUGGAGCAGUCAUUAACUUUUGUCCAGGCCCUGAUCACCAAAGACACUUCUGACGUCCGCUGCACUAACGGAGACCCGCCGGUGUUUGUGAAACCAGAAAAAGUAGUGGGAGUCAUCGGAGCAUCGACAAGUUCUGUAUCGAUCAUGGUCGCCAACAUCCUACGCCUCUUUCAGGCAAGUCUUUAA